CGCAAGCAGCGGUUACAACAUAGCGUGCGUUCUCUCGAUGGGCGUGAAGCUCGCUGGCAAAUGUGUCAUCUGGGGUGCCGAUUUUGGUUACGUAGGAAAGAAUGAAAUUAGCCUUAGUUACCGUCACAUUUAUUGUCGUCGUGAUUAUAGUCGCGGAAGCGGAGAUCACUAAAGCAAGAAAGGGACCAAACAGAGGGGUCCAACCAGGGAACGCACGACAGCAGAACCGGCCGCGAAAACCGGGAGGACAAAAACGCCCCGUCGGAAAGCCUGGGUCUCGGCAAACGGAGCGCGGGACCAGUGGCAAGGAAAAGAAGCCUGGACCGAAUACGACUGCAUCAGAUAAAGCGGAGGCUCCAAGCGGAAACACAUCGCCAGCAGCCGCAACUCCGAAUGUAAUGGGUGGUGGAAUUAUGAACCCCAUGGGAAUGAUGAACCCCAUGGGAAUGGGCAUGGGAGCUAUGGGAAUGGGUAUGGGAGGCAUGGGAAUGGGAAUGAGAGGCAUGGCAAUGGGAGGCAUGGGAAUGGGAGGUAUGAUGGCUACAAUGCUGAUAGGCCAGUUGGCAAAUACGGUGGGUGGCUCGAUAGUCAACAUAACGAAGGUGGCUACCGGACUGGACGACGGGGGUGCUCGUGCUGAUGGGGCGGGUGGAGGCUGAGGAGGAGCUGAAGGUGGCGCUGCCCAGGGCCGUGAGUAUUGG